AUGACGACAAUGGAAGAAGUUGCAAUUCCGUCGGUGGUAUUGUCCAAUGAGGUCUUUUCUCCUCAGACAGAAAAGAAGAAGAUGAAGAAGAAAAAGACGCAGCAAAACAAGACAGUUUCGAUACAUUUUGAAGACAAAGCAGGUCUUUUUAAGACAGUUUGCCGUACAUUUAUGCACAAGAAAAAAUGUACACGAGCUGGUUGCAAGUUUAUCCAUGACGAGCAGUUGUGUCAGUACUUUUGGAAGACAGGAAGAUGCAAAUUUGGCUACGAGUGCAGCAAGAACCACGAAGUGAUAGCGCCCAAUGUAAAAGCUACAGAGGAAGAGGAGAAGAAGAUGGAGGAGGAAGAAACUGCUGCUGUAGUUUCUGUACGUGGAGAAAAACAGGAGAAGAAAUAUACUAAGAAAGGCAUGAAAGUGAAGAAUGACAAAGAAAAACAAGUGAAGAAUGACAAGGGCAAGGUCUAUAAGGUAAAGAGUGACAAAGCUGAACGAGACGUAGCUAGUGAUGUUGAUGAGCACGGCAAGGAUAGCGACAAGAACGACACGAAAGCCAAGAAAACGACAAAAAACAACCGACGUCAGGCCACCAAGAAAAACACUGAAAGCUUUGAACCGAUGACCAAGCCGGUGGAUAUGCGUAUUACGUACGACCUGGGCUGCAAAGACGAUAAAUUUUCUACGCCGCUUACUACUCGCGAUAUAGUGCUCGUGCCUAACCUCUUUAGCGAUUUUAAAAAGGGAGAACUAUACACGAAGCUUGUGCACGAGUUGGAAAACUGCGGCAUCCCACGCGAGCGGUUGCUAAAGAUGUGGCACGGCAACAAUAAGAUUGAUGGUACGCACCUCAUUGUAGACGACCACUCCAGUUGGAAGGCCAUGUGUCGCACAUUCGACUUUGUCACGGAUCGGCUGCAAAAAUUCUUCAGUCUGGACAUCAAGGCAACCCGGUUUAACUGGUACGAGAACACUUCGCAGUGGAAACCAUUCCAUUUCGACGCUGCAGCUGUAAAGCCUCACAUUGCUGCUAUCCAGAACUUCACAGUCGGGAUCUCGUUCGGUGCCACUCGUGAUGCCGCCUUUGAACAUGGUGAGACGAAGACCGUAGUGAGCAUGCCGCAGCCGGAUGGAUGCGUCUACGCCUUUUCGAAGGAAACGAACGUGCUUUGGCGCCACGGCAUUCUUCAGGACGUGCCAGUGCGAGAAGAAGGCCGCAUUUCGGUUAUCGCGUGGGGUUGGAUGGACAACAUGACGGAUGUUGUAUCUCCUGCUGUACCACCGUCAUAA